CAUUUCGAAGCCGCUUGUCAUUCUCAAGCACUUUUUGCAAGUUUUCUCGUUCGUUUUAAUUACAGCAAAUAAUUUAGUGAAAUUCAACGAUGGCUUUUACGGGUGACAUCAUGCAUCCUGCUGCGUUUUGGCAAAACGGUCCCUCUCCGGGCGCUUUUUACAAUUUCCCAGGAAACUCAUCUUCAUACGGUCCAGUUAACCAAACUGUACAGGAUUUCAAAGCACAUUCUGCCCAGCCCAUCACUACAACAACCACAGUAAUCGGAGUCAAGUUCAAUGGAGGCUGCGUGGUGGCCGGUGACAUGCUUGGCUCAUACGGCUCUUUGGCCCGUUUCCGCGACUGUCCCCGUGUUACUAAGGUCAACGACCUGAUCCUGCUUGGCAAUGGUGGGGAUUACGCUGACUAUCAGUACUUGAAGGACAUUAUUGAGCAGAAGAUCAUUGACGAGGAGUGCAUUGGAGACGGUCUGCAGCUGAAGCCCAAGUCCCUCCACUGCUGGCUGACGCGCGUACUCUACAACAAGAGGAGCAAGAUGGAUCCCCUCUGGAGCAACUACAUCGUAGCCGGCAUGCAGGACGGAGAACCCUUCCUCGGCACCGUAGAUAAGCUGGGUACAGCCUACGAAGACGCAGUAGUGGCCACUGGUCUCGGCGCUUACAUGGCGACUCCACUGCUGCGCGAUGCCGCGGAUAAGGGGCCGCUAGACGAAGCUGCCGCUAAGGCCCUGGUCCGCAAAUGCAUGGAGGUCCUGUUCUACCGCGACGCUCGUUCCUUCUGGCGCUACCAGCUCGGCGUAGUCACCGCCGCGGGAGUCACUAUUGAAGAGCCUGAAGAACUCAAGGCUGAUUGGACGCUGGCGCAUAUGAUUGAGAUGGUCUAAUUUUUUAAUAAAUACUUCUAAUAA